GGACAAUACCCUGGUUUUUCCAUCCAGUCCCCGUCCCAAUGAGGCUCCCACACCCCUCGGCCCGCCCACAAGCUGCCUAAGCCUGGGGGUCCUGAUUGGCUGGAUCUGACCUCACCUGCUCCUUCCGACGAAGUGGGUAGCGGCCUUCUGGACGACGACCCGUGGGUUGCGGCUGCCUUGGUGCCUUCUCGUGCUUCUUACAGGAGGAUUGACAAACGAAACGCCCACUACUCUCCGGUUUCUGGCCCCUACACCAUCGAGUACGGUACAACAGGCGGUAGUCCGGCAUCAGCUGCCAUCUGAUGGUCUGCAUCCCAGCCUGGCUGGGGGCCCCCCUGGCUAACCUGCGCGGUCCUGUACUACCCGUGGGGACUCCCAUGCCCCCCAUGCCUCCCAUGUAGCAUGUAGCAGCAGGAACACCACCAGCCCGGCCACGGCUACUUGGCCUUCCGUGCAGACGAGCAGCAGCCUCUUCGAACACAUCCGUGGCUUGGCAGUUCGUCUCCGGCAAUGUUUGAUCACUGCCAGUGACAGCAUGCCAUCGCAGAGCACAAGCACAUGGCCGUUUCGUCCUUCUUCUUAUUACCCCCUCCUCCUCCCUCCUCGUCCAGCUCGAUUCUUGUCCUUCCAUCCCUCAUCCGUGUGCAACUUGUUUCCACCUCGACGAACAGGAUUCAAAAACAAAGCACUGGUCUGCUUUCACCGUGAGAACAUCGAGCUCUCGCAUCCUUUCCUUCGCCUGCCUUCGUCACAGUCCUUACUAGACUCUCAUUAAUACAAACAACACGCACAACUUUAAUUCCAACGGCAGGCCGCUUCCAAACAUCUUCCAACUGCUCGCCGGUUCGAUCAAAAUCACAAUUAUAUAAUCAUCAACACCGAAAAUGGCUUCUGUAUCACUCAAGUCCGCCCUCGUGGCUACCCUGGCCGCCGUUGCCACCGCCUUCCCCGCCGCUCCCAGACUGUCGGAACGCCAGCUCAAGAUCCACCAGGCCAUGAGGCGCCAGGAGGCUGCUGCCGGUGCCGCGGGCAUCACAGAUCCCGAUAUCUUGCAAUUUGCCUUGACCCUUGAGUGGCUCGAGACCACCUUCUACCAGCAGGGUCUCCAACAGGUGCCCCAGCAGCAGUUCCUGGAUCUUGGCCUCACCCAGCAGCAGGUCGCGGAUCUUGCCCAGCAGGGCAAGGAGGAGGAGACCCACGUCCAGCUCCUCCAGGGCGCCCUCGCCCAGAAGGGCGUCCAGCCCGUCCAGCCCUGCCAGUACAACUUUGGCCAGUCCUUCUCGUCCGCCACUGCCAUGCUCCAGACUGCCGUCACCCUCGAGCAGGUCGGUGUCUCCGCCUACCUCGGCGCCGCCCCUCUGGUUCAGGACAAGAGCAUCCUGGGCACCGCCGCCUCCAUCUACUCGAUCGAGGCCCGCCACCAGACAUUCACCCGUGUCGCCACCAAGGCUGCUGCCUCGCCCAACUCGUUCGAUACUCCCCUGUCGCCGAAGCAGGUCUUCUCCCUGGCAGCCCCCUUCAUCGCCAGCUGCCCCCAGGGCAGCAACCUCCAGCUGACCGCCUUCCCCAACAUCACCAUGACCAACCCCGAGGUCAUGAGCCAGAUCGCCCUCGCCAGCCCCCAGCAGCUGCAGCUCCAGAGCGAAGGCUCCACCGGCGCCGCCGCCUGUGCCUUCUCCUCCGGCGACCUGCCCACCGGCACCAUGUUCACCCAGUUCGCCAACGGUGCCUGCGCCACCCCCCAGGGCUUGUCUGGUGUUGUCUACCUCAACCUCGUCAACUCGAUGCCAAUGACCGCCAAGAUCUCCGACGACAUCAUCACCGCCGGCCCCAUGGUCAUGGUCCUGUCCUAGAUACAGCAGUGACACAUGAUCACGGAGCUGAGCUCCCUUUCUCUCUUUUUUUCUUUUUUCGCCAGGGAGAUGGUGUUGACAGGAGACCGACGAGCAUGGACGAUAGAGGACGGACAGACACACCCCAGCCCCCACGUUUUAUUUCUAUUCGUUUCUCAUUAUUGGGCGGACAAUUUCUUAUACAACAGAUGUCCACCUCUCUAAUAUCCCGCCUAUCCAUGUGUUCACACAAUCUCUUUGAGUGGAUGCUAGCUUGGCAGGUAGCCUGUUUAUACCAUUAUAUAUAUAUUCCCCUGGGGUUUGGGGUUCUGUCCUCGUCC